CUUGACUUGACUUCCCUUCGCUCGUCAUUCCAACUUCCGUCAUCUUCCAACCUCCCUUUUUUGUUCCCUUGCGCAUCGUGCAUUCACCACACGCAGAUCGUGUUUUCGUUUCUUCGCUCCGCACCCAAUUCCCAGUCCGGAUACGCACAAGAGGCUUCGCCAGGUCGAACCGCCUCACGUGCUGGGCGUCCGCGUGCCCUCCACCACCAAACCCCCCGUCGAGGCGCAACUCCCAGAUCCGAAACUACGACGACGAGAAAUGCCCGCCCGAUAACACGCCUCGCCUCAGCCAAAACCGAUAUCCUCGCCCGCCGCUCUUCCGCCUCGCACACACACACACACACGACUGAAUGGCGCGUCGUCGCAGACCCCCGCGGGCCGGCGCCCUGACGGAGCUGCCGCCGCUCAAGAUCGCCGGCCAGAUCGCCGCGCUGCAGGCGCUGUACUACGCCGCGUCGCUGGUGCUGUUCCUGUUCACCGCGCUGGUGGCCGGCUCCGGGUUCAGCUUCCGCCUGGUGUUUGGCUGGGAGGCGGUGCGCGGCGAUACCACGGCCGGCUGGAUGACGGCGUUUGUGUGGAUGUUGGAUGGAGGGUUGUGCAUGGCCGUCGCUCUCGUCGUCCUCAUCUCCCGCAGCAAGCUCGUCCCCGACUUCGCCAUCACCAUCCACUUCCUGCACCUCGUCAUCACGUCCUUGUACACCGGCCGCAUCCCGCGCCACGCCAUGUGGUGGGCCACCAUGCUGGCCUCGGCCGCCCUCUCCGCCGGCCUCGGCAUCUGGGGCUGCCAGUACCGCGAGUUGCAGCCCGUCUUCUUCGGCGGCCGCCGCAUCCUCGGCGCCACGCCCACGGCCGCGACCCAGCCGGACGGUGGCGAGGGCGCCGGCAACGACGACGUCGAGGGCGAUGAGGAAAUGGGCUUCUCCCGGGGCCGUGGCAGGGGGAGGGGCCGGGACGGCGCCGGAGAGUACGAGAUGGCUCAGAUGGAGCCCACGAGGUGAAUGGUUACGGCUUCAUUUGUCAAAGGAUAGAAUAUUGGGGCUUCCCACGCGUUGGAAUAGCGUGCAUUGCCGGGCGUUUGGGCGCUGUGUCUUGUACUGGCCCAUCUUUACCCCCUCGCGAGCUACGGCCUGCCAAGUAAGGGAUUUAGAGGGCACGGGAAAGGCAGCACUUGUUGUAAUAGAAUACAUGUCAUCAUUAUAGCGUGAAAGGAGGAUUCGAAUCAGUCUUCAUUGUAACAAAAAAGAGCAUCUUGAGAC